UAUAUUACACGAAUUGAUCAGCACGAUAUUGUCGUGCGGCGUGCGGCGUACAUUGCUACGACAUAUCAGCGAUCAGCAACAAAUAUCAUCAUACUUAAUUUUUCAAAGUGACAAUCACAUCAGCAUACGAAAGGGAACAAAUUACUAAAUCAUGGCCUCCCAAAGUAGUAAGAAACAAGCCCAGUCGAAUAUCAAGACUUUAUUCGAGCUUCAUGUGAUAUCACUUGUCAUCAAUAUACUUUCAAUCUUGGGAUUAUUCGUCUUACAUCGGCCUUCUAAUUGGAUACCGUGGAUAAUUAUUUCACUUCCAGCUUGGGGAUUACAAUAUUUUAUCGAGAAAGGUGGUAGACCUCGUUAUAAUGGGGAAGGUAAGAUGACUCGUGUAGGAGAUGAUUUAAAAUUGAGUGGAUCAUUAUAUGAAUAUUUCUUUGACAUUAUUUAUGUAACUUGGUUCUUAGACAUUUUAAUGAUAAUUUUCGGUACUAAUUAUGUAUGGUUCUUAUAUUCUGUAAUUCCAAUUUUUGCCGGAUAUAAGAUAUUUGGAUUUGUUGCCCCAUUCUUAAAGAAAUCUAAAGGACCAGUUGGUGCUGAUACCAGUAGUACUGGUACUGGGGCUGAUACUGGAUCUAGUGCUUCAGGAAAGAGUAAACGUCAACAGAAGUUAGAAGCUCGUAGAGACAAGGGACCAUCUGUUAAAUAUAGAUGAUUGAAUUGUAUCUGUCUUUUAUUAUUUCAAUCUGUUAUAGACUUCUUGUAGAUAGAUAGGACAGCAUAAUAAAUAUACGGUAUUCAAACU